GGCGAGGGCUCCUGCUGGCAUUGCGUUCCCUGCUGCUGUGAAACAAAGACUUGCUGCCCACCUUCAGGCUGUGCAGCCAUGUUCUGGAUGCCCUGACUAGACGGAAGCCCAUGGGGAGCCCCCGGCUGGCAGCCCUACUCCUGCCUCUCCGCCUGCUGCUCAUUGGCCUAUCUGCCUCCGCUGGGAUUGGCUGCCCCUGUCUGCCCUGCUGGAACACCCGCUGUCUGCUGGCCUCCCACAUGGAUGACAGUUUUGCUGAAAGGUCUGCCCAUAUUCCUGGCCGUACCUGGUUUGGCCUCCUCACCUCCCUAAAGCCUUGGUGUGCUCGGCUCUGGCACUGCCCCUACUGUUUGUGCCUGCACUCGGUGUCCCUUCCUUCAGGCCUUCAGCGGGGCUGGUUCCACCACCUGGUGCAGAAAUCCAAAAAGUCUUACUUGUUCCAGUUCUGUAGGAGACACACAAUGCCAGCAUCUGUUCAGAGGAAGCUGCUGAGUAGCUGUUGCCUGUCUGAGAAGGGCCAUCGCAUCUCCAUCCCAUCCCCAGACAUCUCCCACAAGGGGCAACGCUCUAAAAGGACCCAACCUUCAGAUCCAGGGGCAGUGGAAGAUCUGAUGAGACAGGGCUCACAGAGGCACAAAGCCACCAAGUCUCCCUUCUCCCCAGGGCCUGAGUUCUCCUUUGACUUGCUGCCUGAGGCACGGGCUAUUCGAGUGAGCAUUCCUCCAGGCCCCGAGGUCAGUGUGCGUCUUUGUCACCAGUGGGCACUAGAGUGCGAAGAGCUGAGCAGUCCCUUUGAUGUCCAGAAAAUCGUGUCUUGGGGCCACACUGUAGACCUGCCUUAUGAAUUCCUUCUACCUUGCCUAUGCAUAGAGGCAUCCUACCUGCAAGAGGACACCGUGAGGCGCAAAAAAUGUCCCUUCCAGAGCUGGCCGGAAGCCUAUGGCUCGGACUUCUGGAAGUCAGUGCACUUUACUGACCACAGCCAGCACAGUCAGAUGGUCAUGGCCCUGACACUCCGCUGCCCACUGAAGCUGGAGGCCUCCCUCUGCCAGAGGCAGGGCUGGCACACCCUCUGCGAAGACCUCCCCAACGCCACAGCUCAAGAGGCAGACGGGUGGUAUGUUUUGGAGAAAGUGGACUUGCACCCCCAGCUCUGCUUUAAGUUCUCUUUUGGAAACAGCAGCCACGUUGAAUGUCCCCACCAGAUUGCCCCAUCCUGGAAUGUGAGCAUGGACACCCAGGCCCAGCAGCUGAUCCUUCACUUCUUCACGAGGAUGCAUGCCACAUUCAGUGCUGCCUGGAGCCACCCAGGCUUGGGGCAGGACAGCCUGGUGCCCCCUGUGUACAGCAUCAGCCAGGCUCAGGGCUCAAGCCCAGUGACACUAGACCUCAUCAUUCCCUUCCUGAAGCCUGGGGGCUGUGUCCUGGUGUGGAGAUCAGAUGUCCAGUUCGCCUGGAAGCACCUCUUGUGUCCGGAUGUCUCUCAUAGACGCCUGGGACUCUUGAUCCUGGCCCUGCUGGCCCUCACUGCCCUACUGGCUGUCGUUCUGGUCCUCGCUUGCCGGCGCCCACUGUCAGGUAUACUCACUCGCCCUGGCCGAGCGCGGCCCGUGCUGCUCCUGCACGCCGCUGACUCAGAGGCGCAGCGGCGCCUGGUGGGAGCGCUGGCUGAACUGCUGCGGGCCUCCCUGGGCGGUGGACACGACGUGAUCGUGGACCUGUGGGAGGGGACGCGCGUUGCGCACUUGGGCCCGCUGCCGUGGCUAUGGGCGGCGCGGGCGCGCGUGGUGCGGGAGCGGGGCACGGUGCUGCUGCUGUGGAGCAGUGUGGGCCCCCGCACCGCGCCCCUGCGCACUCUGCUCCGCGCCGCCCCGCGCCCGCUGCUGCUGCUGGCUUACUUCAGUCGCCUGUGCACCAAGGGCGACAUUCCCCCGUCGCUGCGCGCCCUGCCUCGCUACCGUCUGCUGCGCGACCUGCCUCGCUUGCUGCGGGCGCUGGACGCGGGGCCUUCCAUCGAAGCCACCGGCUGGGGCCGCCUCAGCCCUCCGCCGUGCCUACGGGGCCGCCUGGAGCUGUGUCGCCGGCUGGAACUCGAGGCAGCCAAACUUGCCCACUAAGGCUGAGCAGAGCUCCUCUGCAAUCUAGAUAUCUCAGCCGCAGGCAUAGGGGCACUGGUUGGCACCCCACAAGGCUUUUACCAUGGCAUCCUCGGGGUGUCUCCUCAAGAUUACUGCCCGAAAAGCCUUAUUCCCUGCCUCCCAACCAGGAGCAGAGCACCCGACUCACUCCCAACCCUUCUACACGUGUGUCCUGCUUCGUCUCGAUGCUGCUUUCUUGCCUCUCAGAGGGAGAGACUGACUUGACUGAGAACUCCUCUGACCCCGGUCCUGAUGAGAGGAGGGAGAUUUCCCCACUUCCUUUCUCCAAAAUUCCAGAAAGUAGUCUGGACAUGCUCCAGGCCAAGCUGGGGACAUUGGAACAGGGGUAGGGGAGGCAGGAGCUAUGGCGGUUCUGAAGCGGGUGGGGGUGUAUGGCUCCAGGGAAGUGGGAGAAAAGCCCCUUAGGGGCCAGGGAUCCCCCUUUCCCAGACCCAGGC